CCCCGCCCCGCCUGGUGCGCGGGGAAAAGGGCCUGCCCGGGAAACGGGCCCAGAUCGGGCCGGGCAGCCCCGCGUGCCCCAGCCCGCCGCCAGGACCGUUCCCUGGCGGGGGGCCGGCCCCGAGCGCGCCCUGGUGGCGAGACCCCUCGGGGGAGCGGGUCCCAGCGCGAGGGCAAGCGGAGCAACCCGUGGAGCCCCGGAGCAGCGGGGCGGGCGAGCCCUUGUUUCCCGGGGAGCGUAGAAAGCCGGCAGUGCUGAAAGGAAUAGACUUGGGCACUUGCACAACCAAAUGGACAGUGGAUUACCUCAGCCAAACAGCAGGAACUAAAGAAGUAAAGAUUCAUGUUUCCACAGUGCCACAGAUGGACUUCCUCAGUAAGAACUUUGUAUAUAGAACAUUGCCCUUUGAUGUGUUUGUACGGAGAGCAGCUGAAGUCAAACAUAACGAGUACUUUAUAUCUGAGGAUGAGAAAUACUACUUGCGAUCACUGGGUGAAGACCCACGAAAGGAUAUUGCGGAUAUCAGAAAGCAGUUUCCUUCAUUAGCAGAAGAUAUUCAGAUCCCAGAAUAUUUUGAAAAGGAACAGUUCUUCUCCAGUGUCUUCCGCAUCAGCUCAGCAGGACUGCAACUCUGGACACACUAUGAUAUAAUGGAUAACUUCUUAAUCCAGAUAACAGGGAAAAAAAGAGUUAUACUGUACAAUCCUCGAGAUGCACCAUAUUUGUAUUUAGCAGGCACUAAAUCAGAGGUCCUAAAUGUGGAUAACCCAGACCUGGAGAAAUAUCCCCUUUUUAUGAAAGCCAGGCGCUAUGAAUGUUCUCUUGAAGCAGGCGAUGUGUUGUUCAUUCCAGCUUUAUGGUUCCAUAAUGUAAUUUCUGAAGAAUUUGGAGUGGGAGUGAAUGUCUUUUGGAAGCAUCUUCCUUCUGAGUGCUAUGAUAAAACAGACACUUACGGAAAUAAAGAUCCUACAGCUGCUUCCAGAGCUGUGCAGAUUUUGGACAGGGCUUUGAAAACACUGGAGGAACUGCCUGAGGAAUAUAGGGAUUUUUAUGCCCGGAGAAUGGUUUUACGCAUCCAAGAAAAAGCCUAUAGCACUAACUAUGAAUAAACAGUCAACAAGUCAACCAAACUCCUCUGAAAGUAGGGAGAAGUACAGAUAUGGAUACUGUACCUGAAGACACUUUGAGAAGACUUUAAUAAAAACAGUAGUGCUCA